AUGGCUGCCCAGGCCAAUGUCGCCGACACAAUCAAACAGCUGAACGCUGCCCGGAACCUCGCACUCGCCGACCCUGCUCUUUAUCCUCAAGUCGUUCCCGGCCUUCUUCGUAUCGUGGGCGCCGAUGCUAUCCUCGAGCUGAGAAGAUGGGGCGCCGACUUCUUCGCCGAAACCUUCGCAUCUCCUGUCCUUGCUCAGGAACACAAGCAAAACUUGGGUCUACAGGUUCUGGACACACUCAAGGCUUACCUCGAUCGUCCAAAGGAAGAUACCGCUGUGAUCAAGAGCGUCGUACAAACAGCUGCAAGCAUCUACCCUUUCGUCUUCCGCCAAACUGUAGCAAAUCCUCAGGAUCCCUCACCAUGGCAGAAAAUGGCUGCUAUCAAAUCGAGCAUUUUGCGUAGAAUGCACAACGCUCCUCCUGGCAUCCAUAUAUGCUCCGUCAAGUUCAUCCAAAGAGUGGUUCAAGUCCAGACACCAGGUUUGAUUGCGGAUCCGAGACGGCCUGAGCAAAACGAAAUCUCUCUUGCCCUGGUUCCGCGCGAUCAUCCUAUCAUGUCUCCCUCAACAUUGGAGGCCGAAGCCUUGGGUCUACUCGACAGGUUACUAGGCGUGUUGCAGGACAACAGUACCGAUGCCUUGCUUGUGACCGCUACCUUGAACAGUCUGGGGUCUUUGGUCAAGAACCGUCCUUCCGUCGCCAAUAAGAUCAUCUCAACAGUCCUGAACUACAACCCCUUCAAACUCGCUACCACGACACCUGUUUCGCCAACCCAUAAAGUCAUGAUCAGAUCCAUGACACGCACAACGACCGCUUUUCUGCUGAACAUAAUCAAGAAGAACCCCAAUCAUCCUCUAGCCGGUCGCAUCCAACAAUGCAUCGAGAGGCUCAGACACACGCUUGUAGAUGUGUUCGAUGAGUCGAGCCGUAAAAGAGCAGCACCUGCUGAACCUACUGACGGUCUGUCAGAGGCCAAGCGACAACGUCUCGAUGCACAAGUGCCUCAGCCCAGUUCUCCGGCUUCUCAGAUACCACCAUUACCACAAGGGCCUGUCAGUCUUGCACAGCUGUUCACUCUUACGCAUGAUCAGGGGCUGAGAAGCUUCGAUGUGAACGUGAUUCCUUCAAAUGUUGUCUUGAGCAUCGUUGCACCAUUGUUAAAGUCUAUAGACAAGGUCAAAAUGGACGCUGCCAUCAAUGCUGUUCAAGCAAGAUACUUGUCUUUAGCGGCAAGACCUGCCACUGCUUCAAGGGCUGCGCAGGCGGUAACAGGUGUUGCCCCUGUGCAGAACGAAGACGAUGAGGAGUAUGAACCGGGCGUUGAAAGUACUGACCAAAUAAUCAAUGACCUUGAUCAAGCUCCUCCAGACAUGGAUCGAGCUCCUGUAUCCCUGGGGCCAUUUAACUUACCUCCCCCACCACCAUUGACUGCAGAACAGACUGUAGAGUACAGCAAAGGAGCCGUCAACCGCGUGUUCAGUACACUUACCGAAAUGGAACAGCCAGCAUCGAGCAAAACUCAAAAACCUGGUUUCAAUCGUCUCGCGGCGACUAACCACGACCGAGAUGCUUGGAUCACCCUCAUCGCUCGUCUUGCCACUCGCGCUCCUGCUGGACUUGAUGAAAGCAAGCUUAAAUCUGAGUCGGGGAGCUUGUCAAAGGGCACUUUUUCACUCAAUGACGCUAUACGAGAAUCAUUAUACUUGUACGUCGUCGACGACUUCCGAAAACGUAUCGAUGUUGGUAUCUCCUGGCUCAACGAGGAAUGGUACAACGAUCGUAUACAAAAACAGCAAAACGAAGAGGCAGAGUAUAUUCCCGAGCAUUAUGAGAAGUGGAUGCUCAAGAUCCUCGAUGGAAUCGUGCCGUUCUUAGACGCAAAAGACAAACUUCUCAUCAGAUUCCUGUCAGAGAUCCCGAGCAUCAACCAAGAUGUUCUUAAGCGUGUGGUCAGGCUUGCAAAGGAUCCGGAAAGAGUGCAACUUGCAGUACAGGCGCUACAUUAUCUGAUUCUUCUUCGACCCCCAGCAAGAGAAAUGGCCCUCGAUGCCUUGGAAGAUCUCUACAAGAACUACGAUGAAUCGCGACCACUUGUGACGAAAAUCAUGCCCAAAUUCCGACCGGAAGCAUUUCAGAAACUGCAAGAGGCAGUAGCCUCCUAG